GACUGUCAUUUUCUCAGGCGGACUUGCCAUUGACCUUUCGUAAAGUCUCUCUCUUUCUCUCCUCUGUUCUCUUCUUGGCCAAUGGCCAUGGUGGCUUAUAGGCAAGAAGCUCUCUUGCUCGCAUUCAUCGCAUUUCUUGGAAUCCAGUUGCCUUUACUCACGAAAGCAGAUUGUCCAUUGGACUUGACUUCAUCUAACUUCACUCUCGUGGCUUCCGUGUGCUCGAACAAUACCGACAGAGCCAAAUGCUGCCGCUACAUGAACGCUUUCGUUGCUGUAUCUGUGGCCCGUUAUGCUAACUACACAACAGAUCUUGGAGUUGCAUCAGAUUUAACUGAAAUCUGCAUUACUUCCAUCUCUAGAACCAUGGAGCUGUAUGGAAUCCCAACGAAUGCAACUGUCUUCUGUGGAUUAGGGACCAAGAUUCUGGUUAACUAUGACUGUGAGGGUCUGACCACUGUAACGCAAAUGCUUCAGUCCCCAAAGUUUGGAGAUGUUUCUAGAAACUGCAAACUCCCGCUUUCACCGGGUGAUCAGUGCAAGAACUGCUUGAAUUCCGGUAUCACCUACCUUCGUAGUCUCGUGGAUACAGGAAAUAACAUCAAACUGAGUACUUGUCGAGAUGCAACCUAUGCUGCAUUAGCAAGCCGGGUUGACAAUUCAUCGGCCCUUGAACUCGCUAGCUGCUUCUAUAAUGUGGCUGAGCUAAGCGUUGCUCCAGACUCGUCUCCAUCGUCGCUGAGCCCAGAAGCUUCUCCAAGUCCAAGCAGCAAUGAUCUUGGUUUGUCUCCAAGUGAAAAUGACCAUGCAUAUCACUUGACAAUGGUUCCGACAAUUGGUAUCGCUGUUACAGUUUUUGCUGUUAUAAUGCUAGUAGUCCUAAUAGUUCUUAUCCAAAGGAAAAAACGGGAACUUGAUGACUCCGAGAGCAUUGAUCGUAAUCCAACAAAGACGUUUCCUUCUCCGCGCACCAAUGCCAAAAUUCUCGAAGGUUUGGCUUUUCGAAAAUUCAGCUACAGGGAGAUGAGGAAAGCAACCGAAGAUUUCAACACGGUGAUUGGCCGUGGUGGCUUUGGGACUGUUUACAAAGCUGUGUUCAGUAAUGGCUUGGUUGCAGCUGUAAAAAGGAUGAACAAGAGCUCUGAACAAGCAGAAGAUGAAUUUUGCAGAGAGAUAGAGCUUCUCGCCAGGCUGCAUCACCGCCAUCUAGUUGCUUUGAAAGGUUUUUGCAGUAAGAAGAAGGAGAGGUUCCUUGUCUACGAGUAUAUGGCUAAUGGGAGCCUGAAGGAUCAUCUACACUUACCGGAAAAACCUCCACUUAGUUGGGCAGCAAGGAUGAAAAUCGCAAUCGAUGUGGCUAAUGCUCUGGAAUACCUUCAUUUCUACUGUGACCCGCCUCUCUGUCACAGAGACAUUAAGUCAAGCAACAUAUUACUCGACGAGAAAUUUGUUGCUAAAAUUGCAGAUUUUGGCCUUGCACAUGCUUCUAGAGAUGGCUCCAUUUGUUUUGAACCUGUUAAUACUGAUAUCCGCGGAACUCCAGGCUAUGUAGAUCCGGAGUACGUUGUAACACAAGAACUGACAGAGAAGAGCGACGUGUACAGCUACGGAGUGGUGUUGCUAGAGAUCAUAACAGGGAGAAGAGCUGUGGAUGAAGGUAGGAACCUGGUAGAAAUGUGUCAGCGGUUGUUGGUAUCAGAAUCAAGACGCAUAGAACUGGUGGACCCGAGAAUCAAAGACCGCAUAGAUGGAGAACAGCUCGAAACAGUUGUGGCGGUUGUGAGAUGGUGCACAGAGAGAGAAGGCGUGGCUAGGCCAUCGAUCAAGCAAGUCCUGAGGCUGUUGUGUGAAAGCUGUGAUCCGUUGCAUCUCGGGCUUGCAAUGGCAGUGGAGGAGGACAAAGGCCGGUCGCUGAGAGGUGACUCAAGUUUCGAUAUCAGGGGAUUGGCUUCUUCCUCUAGUAAUACUUCAAGGUCGCAUUGUAGUCGGAGCUUUCUGCUUGAGACUGGCUCUCCUCACUCUCCACCAAAUGGUCUCUCUUUCUGAGUCAAGUCACUUCUAAAAAUUUGACUGUUUUUGUUGAUCAAACUGGCUUUCUAAUUGCAAUUUUGGAAGAUAAAUAUGUUUUUAUAA